AUUAUUCUAAUGAUUUUUUUUUUUUUUUGCGUGGUGGAAAUUGGUCGCUGCUUUUAUAGACGCGAUAUGAGAACACUGAUAGCACACGGAUGUAAACAAUGUCACAUGAUAACAAUAAUAUGUCCAGCCAAUGUCUUAUUCAUUCUCAAAACUCCACCAAUUGGAUUUAAAUGGGAGGCCCUCUCAAUAUAACGCGUGACCUGAUUGGCUGGAAAAUAUCUCACUCUAUUUUCUUAGACGCAAAAGUAGCAUUUUUAUAUUUAUUUAAAAUCACUAAUUGAUUCGGCUGGUGGUAAGAACUCUCCCGAGAAAAAAGGAAAUGAAUUGAAGUCGUGCGCGCGCUGCUCCAGAAAAGACGCCACUAGACCGACGCUAUUGAACCAAGAAAUAUUCCCCAAAACUGCUAGCUUUCUCAGAGGAAAUGCUUGAUAUUCUGCGUGCGGUGAAGUCAUUUCUUCAUCAUGGAUCUACACCUAAAAUGCCAUCUAUAUACCACGAGCACUGUGGUAAACCUGGCCCCAAGAGUACUGAGUACAUGCCUCCACCAGAAGCGAGAGGAUUCAAGUCUCGCAGCGCACCGAAUUCACCUUGCUUCGAGAGAAAACCUCUUUUUGCCCUGUCUCGCUCGCCUCGCCUACCUCGUUCGCCUCGCCUCGUACGGUCGUCGACUCUACAAGGGGAGAGACGUCAAGAGAAGGCGAAAGAGAUACGUGCCAAGUCGGCCAAGGUCAACCGAAGCAAGUCGUUCCAGUCUAAAUCUGAGCAAAAGAACUCACUCGGUAAGGUUUGGCAUCCAAGCUGUUUGCGCUGUGAAGAAUGUGGUAAACGGCUGAACCCGGGCCAACAUUCAGAGCAUCGAGGGAUUCCUUACUGUAACCUUCCAUGCUAUAGCUUGCUGUUUGGCCCUGGGGGGUAUGGCCAUGGUGGCACAGAGUCACACAAGCAUCUUGGAGAGGAGAAGCUUUCACAGGCUGAACAAGAGGCUAUUAGAAAUGAGAUAGUCCCAAGGUUAAAACAUUACAACACUUACUUUGAGAACCGCAAGGCUUUACAAAUGGCAUGUAGAGAGGCCAAUGGUCAUCUUAUUCUGGAAGGGGUCCUGCGUGUUUACUGGGGCCUCAAGCAUCCUGUUAUGCUUUCAAGUACAAGCAUGGCAGACUGGAGGAGAAAACGCACCAUGGCCGGGGAGGGAAUUGCUCCUGUCAGUAACAAAAAGCCUACUACAGCUGUGCAGGGACUCAAGGAAAAUGAAAUUAGACCUCGCACCACCACUCUUGAGAGGAUUCUUGCACGCCGUAAAUCCAUUACCAACAGGAACAUCAAAGAAGCUUCAUCAGGGGAGAAGAAACCUGAGAAGUUCCCUCCAAGCUAUUAUGCUUCUAAGACUGAAGAGCGUAUUGUCUCAUGCCCAGAAUCUUACUAUAUGAAUAACUGGAUGGAUGAACUGAGGUCCAUAUCCCCUGAUAACUAUGUAACCCCUCCAAAGACAUUGUUUACACCGCCAUAUGGCACGUCCACCAACCUCCGCCUCACAAGCAAAACAAAAACAAGAGAGGUCAUCAAAAUGCUCUUUGCCAAAUAUCAGAUAUCAAGUAAUCAAAAGAAAUUCAAUCUCUAUGCUGUCUAUGAAAAUGGAUCAACAAGAGCUCUCCAAGAUGAGGAGAGUCCGCUCCAUUGUAGACUUUUGCUGGGUCCAAGUGAGUAUGCUGCAAAGAUUUAUAUAAUGGAAGCAAAGGAGGAGAAUAGCAUUAGUCACGAGGUUGCCCAGUACAUCCACUUUGCGGACCCUGUAUUGGAAGCAUUCCUUAAAAAGUAUGCCGAGGAGGAAGAGAGGGAAAUACAAAGAAUUAAAGAAUGGUAUGCACUUUAUCGUGAAAAAUUGCAGGAACAUCUUUCAGAAAUUUCCACAGCUGUCUAGAGAAUUCCAAAUUUUAAAUAGAGUACAAGAUAAAUAUUAGUUUUGUAUUUAAAUUUUGGGCCAAAUGGAGGCAUUAAUUAUAAUGUUUAUUUUUUAUUGGAUUGGCCUUAUGAUAUUUAUUUCAAAUAAGAUAAUUAUCAGACUGUCACAAAAGUAAUAUUAAAAUGUGUACAUAUGUAUUAUUGAUAAGAUAUACAGGAAAAAUGAAGAUAUAUAUGGAAUAUAUAAAACUACUGCUUCAAAUCUCUGAAUUUGGUUCUAGGAAUAAGGAGGUAUUAGCAUAGCUUCACUCCCCCUCCCCCUUAUAUGGCACAAAGUAUCAUUUAGGGGGGGGGUGGGUGCACAGAUAGCUAGGGGACCACUCCAAGCUAAGUGCUUGAAGACACAUUAUAAAUCGAUCAAGCAAAGUGGGAUAAAAUCAUAUGUGCUCAUGUUUCUGCCUUUUGCAAUUUGUUUUAUUCUGAAACAACACUCCAUACUUAUUUAUUUCUGUGAUUAUUAAGAAAAUGUAAAUAAUAAACCUACAAGAUGAAUAAAUGAAAAAAUAAUAAUGCAA